GGCUGUUGGACUCGGGCGUAGCAGUGAAUGCUCUUGCCCGUGUUGACGCUCUUCGGCAGGAUCAACAGCUGGGUGGAACUCCUACCAGAAAAAAAGUUGCUUGAAUGACAUUUUCUGCAGCGAUGGCAGUGUGACUGAAAGAGACGCUGGUUGUGGUAUAAAGUGUGUAACCUCCUCGCUGUGACAUGGACUUUAACGUGAAGCGGUUAGCCGCAGAUGCCGGCACUUUCCUGAGCCGCGCGGUUCAGGUAAGUUUGAUCUCGUUAGCCAAAGCUAACCAGCGUUAGCCGUUAGCUCGAUAGCUUAACGCCUGCGGUGCCUGUUAUUUUGUAGCAUGUUUUGCCAUAAUCAUGAGCGGUAACAACUUGGUGUGUAUUUACACUUGUCACCGGAACUAAAUAAGCAUUAAAGCAGUCCCGAGAAAACAAGUAACUGAUCUGUUAACAUCAGUCGGACAGAGAACGUGUACUUUUGUGGCUAGCUAGUCCGCCCAGUCUGCUAACGUUAGUGGACACUUUCCAUCAAACAACGCCUUUCCUGACACAUCAGCCCCGUUCAACACGCUCUAACAGUUUCCAGGUAAUGCCAUGUCUGAUAAUUGAAGUUAAUGGUUUUGUUUUCAUUUUCAGUUCACAGAGGAGAAACUGGGUCAGGCUGAGAAGACAGAGCUGGAUGCUCAUUUGGAAAACCUCCUGAUCAGAGCUGAGAACACAAAGCUAUGGACCGAGAGGAUCAUGAAGCAGACCGAGGUUUUACUACACCCAAACCCGAGUAAGGAAACUGACCAAGACUGUGAAAGAUUAAGGCUUCACAGACAGUGACAGAGAGGUGUCUCACAACAAAGCUGUUUGUGAUGUUAAACCAGUCCUCAAAAACAUUGUCUAUCAGCUGUUAUUAAUCUAAAGACUUAUCUUUACUCACAUAUUGUUCCUUAAAAUUAGUAGAAAAUUACGUAAUAUGGCCUCAUUUGCAGUGGUGAUGCAUUGUAAUUCGCAAAUAAUUUAAUAACAAUACACCUUAUACCUCAGUGUGAGGUAGUAGCUGUAUCACAUCCAAAGGCUGAUAGAUAGCUAAAAAAAAAAGAGAGCAUAAGUGCCAAACUGGUGUGACCCUGAGGUGCUGUCGGCCUGGUGUGUUUUGGCACCUCAAGCAUAACCCCAUAAACAUAGAAUAUAGUCCUCAUUGCAGCAGUUGCUGGAUCAACUACCUGCCACGAGCAUUUGCUACAGGACUCCCCCCACCCUCUGCUUCCAGUGUUCCCAGUCUUUCCUUAGCUAGAGGAAAAAUGUAGAAAAAUAGACCAAAAACAGGCGUAGCCCUGUGACAUUCUAGCAAAGAAUAAAAUUGUCAUCAAAGUGCAACUUAAUCAGCUCCACCUAUCAGUGUUUUUCCAGGAUUAUAAUAUGACUCAAACGGUGCUUAUCAAUAUCUCAUCACAGUGAUCAACCCACACGCUAUUAUCUCAAAACUUAUAUAUGGGAACAAUAAGCUCUGUGGUACCAACAAAAAAGCUCUCAGUUUAGUAAUUCAGAGUAUUCUUGAAUUUAGGAAACAUUAUUUUCCUGUAUGGGGCAUCAAAUGAAGCUUAAAAGUCUCAGAGCUGUUGUUUGAUUUUCAUCAGUCUGUCGGUCGCCUGUGAACUCUGUAAGCUCAGCUGUGUGUCCUUCCUCAGCUCACACCAUGAUGCCAUACCACUGCAAUACAACAAACACACACAGACAGACACCCAGCUGCUGCCUGCACUCUAGUGAAACAGUGUUAGUUACGGUAAACUGGAUUUGUUCGACUUCAUGUCCAGCAUACCUCAGAUAUGCUGCCUGUGAUUGUCAGUCAUGUGAUGAGAUAACAUGAAACAAAUUAAAUAAAGCGAGGGGAGAAUUUGAAGCUUCUGUUUUAUAAAUGUCCGUCCCGAAGUCUCCAUCCCUGAAGUCUUAUGACUCUGUAAUUGAGUUUUCUUGUAUUAAUCUGCAGAUGUGCGGUUAGAGGAGUUUGUGUAUGAGAAGCUGGAGAAAAAAGCCCCCACACGCCUCAACAACCACGAGCUGCUGGGACAGUCCAUGAUCGAAUCAGGGAAUGAGUUUGGACCUGGAACUGCAUACGGUGAGUGAGUCUGAGCUACCGAACAUACUGGCACCUGAAUGAACAUUGUGGAUGUGGACAAACUCAUUCUGUGACACAUUAGGGAAGAAAACACUCUGUUUCACACACUAUUCAUUCAAAUGAAAGAUUUCAAGAUUCUUGUAAAACAAUAUUUUACAUUUUUUUGCACAAAAAGUUUACAAAGAUCAAAUUGAACCUCUGACAUAUGGGAGACUUCCAGAAUUAGCCAGUACAUCCUGUGUUCCAAACUAAAUUGUUUUAUUCCCGUUGGUGCGCCACCGGUAUAUGUAUGGAUGCGAUAUUACACUACAGUGACACAGCUAUCACCAACUGGCUUACAACCCCACCUACCAAGGGUACGGUUGGCUGUAGAAAUGCAGGCACAAUCAGUGUCUAUCCCGUCAACCUAUAGACAGAUCCGGAGGUUUGUGUGCGACACCAUCUGGUGCUCCAAUACAAUACAAGAACUGUAUUGAUCCCCAAAGGGAAAUUCAUUGUCUGGAAUCUCAUCUCAUCUAAUCUAUUAUGUAUAGAAGAAUUAAGAAAUCUGAUGGCUGUGGGUGUAAAAGAUCCCCUAAAAUUCUCUGUCCUGCAGCGAAGAGAGAGAAGACGUCUACUACCAUUGUUUUUUUGGUCCAUCAAGUGGAUGAUCCAUGUUCUUUAGAAUAGCCACCACCUUCCUCAGUGUGCAUCUCUCUAACACAUCCUACAGUGAGUCCAACUUGAUUUUAAUCAAAUGAAACUUGAAACCAAACACAAAUACAUCCCACCAAAGGCAACGGCUGAAGUUCCAAGUAUUGUUAUGAUAUGACUUCAUUGAACUCCCUUGGAACAUAAUAUGGGUGAAAGGCAACUGCCAACAGUUCAAUGUCUGGAGAACACAAGUUCUCCUUGAGGUUAUGCGUGAAGAGUGAUACCAUCUCUGAUUAACAAAUAAAGUCAGACCCCAGGUAGAUCCACACUGGAGUCCGAGUUGUUUUGAUCCAACCAGGCUUUACUAAAACACAGGAGACUGCACUCACGGUAUGCUUUCUCAGUCUUCACCAAUAUCUCCAGCUCAUCGCUUUUGUUGGACAGAGAGUUGAUGAAAGAAGCUUUUCUCCUGAAUAAAAUCCUCUACCAGCAGAAAUAUCCAUCCGUUGACAAAACACAACGAACACAUCGAAAAAUUUAGCAAAAAAUGCAGAAAUUUCAGAGAGACCAGACUUUGCUGUUCCUUGGUUGAUCGCAGGUUCUGAAAUAAUGGCAGCAACUUUAAAACUGCUGCAGUCUGCAGACUGACAACAGUAGGAACCUUAAUCACUCAUCAUUUAGAGCUAUGAUAUUAGACAUUGACUACAACAAUAGUGUGGUUUUAGAUGGAAAAAUAGAGAAAAUAAUUGACUAUAUCUACCAUAUAUUUAUAAUGAUGUGCUGUAUAAUGUAACAUUUUGCCACAUCAGUAACAUCACUCAUUUACUGGCUGCAUUGAUUGUCACAGACUAGUUACUUCAAUAGAUACACUUUGGAAAUUGAUUUUCAUCAUUGAUUGACAUAUUUGCUGCUUAAACUGGCCUGUACUGAUCACGCACAGCUUCUGUAUUGGCUUGCUGGCCCGAAGAGGGACAUUGUUGAAGAAUUUUCUUUAAUCGCCUGGGGGCAGAUUGAAUGCAAAUAACUGGUCACUCAAAAAGGUGCAAAAUUACCAAAGGAUCUGAAUUGAUGUAAAAACAAGAAAAAACAAAACAGAACAAGACCCUGAAAUCAACCUAGAACCAUACAUGGUUGGACAAAAGUAUGUGGCUGAUCCCUGCCUCAGUUCACCUGUGACUCUCCUUUGUAGCUGUGCAUAUCUGUGGUUACUGUCAAUGUUCAGGUGCACAGGAGCAACAGUCAGCCAACUUACCUCACACACCAAAACAGGAAACAGUCAGGUUUUCUCAAGUGAGAGAUUUCUGUGAUACAGACACAGAAACAGUGUGUUAUGGUGAUUUACUGUGUUUAGUGAGGACGUUUCCACAACACAAACACAGCGGUUAAUAACAUAACACAGACAAUGUCACCCCACCCACUCAAUCACUGUGGACUUUCCAGACUGUUACCUGCUGCAUUCAUCCAUCCACCUCACACACAUUUUUACAGAAGGGCUGGAAGGGAAAAGUCUGGUGAAAACUUUUCAGAGGUUUGGUGUAGAGUUGAGUGGGUCGUCACACAUCGGGGUCCUUUAAGAUUUAGAGGUUGUGGCUGUAAAUGUAAACCAUUGAAACUUGUUCCAGAGUGGGAUCUUUUGAUCCCUUGUAAACUGGCAUACUGUCUCAGUCAGUUUCCUACUGUGCCCAAAAAGAGAGCAUCUUUGUCAGCUCUAGGUGUUCUUCAGUGGUGUUAAAAUACACAGUUUUAUCAGCUUUAUCUCCCAGCUCUUCACCAUCUAUUAAUUAAAACGUCUGUGUUAGCCAGCGUGCAUCACUUAAAAAUCUAGUAGAUGUAAUUCCACAGUAUGUCAACUGUGGGCUUGAACUCCACUGCACUGUCUGGUGGCUUUGUGAGGAGCUGGUAACAUGUGUUUUGUGACAGUGCUGCAUGGACACAUACCAAAUCUGGAUGGGAUUAUCCUGGAGAUACAAGUCACUCCAUUGAACACAGUUUUAUAUUUGUGAAAGUCUUUUUGGAUUACUGAAAAUGCAGAAAGGGGCAAUUAUACAUUUUUGUCCCCUCUAGGCCACAUUAGACCAGACCCUGGUCUAAAAGCAACCCAAACUUGUCAAAUGUGAACUAUUUAAUCUCAACGAACUACAGGACCUUUCAAGGACAUUUUUGGCAACUUAAAAAUCAUCCGUGGCUUGCCAAGCUUUCCUUGUCCUAAAACCAUUCCUCUGAAUGGUUUUUAAGGUCUACAAAAAGCUUUCUGCAGCAGAACAGGAGGUCAGAUCUUUAAACUGAUGUUAGAUUCAUUAAAAAGUUCCUCCUGUCUUAAAGGUCUGUUGCUGCUGAACCGGUACUGAGUCUCUGUUUGUGCUCCUGCUGUUUACAGGAAACGCUAUGAUGAAAUGUGGGGAGACACAGAAGCAGAUUGGGGGGGCGGAGCGAGAGUUAAUCCAAAGUGCUGCCAUUAACUUCCUGACACCUUUCAGGAAUUUUCUAGAGGGGGACUUCAAAACCAUCCAGGUGAGUCAAACCUCUGCUAAACCACUUUGACCCUCCUAUCAGAGAUUUGGUGGAACUCCAUCCUCCUCUGAGUUUAAGUAUCACGUGAGCAGGACCUUGAUUGUUUACAGACCUCGUUGUUGUCCAUUGUGUUUACAUAUGACUAAAAUCUAAAGCAUAUCACCAACAAAGACACAAACGCUUCAGCCGACAUGAUGUGAGAGUAAACAGCAGGGUCUUCCUUGACUGUAAUCAGACUGUUCAUCAGUGCCUGAAUUACCUGAGGAAAACUGCUGGGACACAAUUUUCCAUCUUCUGUGGUUCACCCAAAAAUCUAUGAACCUAAUGAUAAGUUUUUAUAAGCAUCAUUACCGAACCCUGCCACCAAACAAAUACAAUAUGCUUGAUUUUAUUAAAGUAGGAUAAUAUGUAAUAUAUUAAUAUAAUAAUAUGAACAUUUCAGUGUCUAAAUAUUUUAGAUAUUUUAAGUAUUAGUGAAGUGUUUUUUUGCUUAAUAUGUGUGUUCUAUAGUUAUUACACCACUGCCACACAGAAGCAUUGCAUAGCCAUAAUUUUUAGAUGCCUUGUGUUCUGUUAAAAGGACUUCAUUAGCCAUGAUGCCAUGUAAAGGACUUGGGGAAAUAUUUUUGGUUAGUUGAGAACCUUUCAGUCUAAAGUUUUACAGCUAUCCCUCAUCAUCACGAGUGAACAUGUGCACCCCUUUUUUCUUCCAUGAAGUAUCCUGUUCAUGUAAAGUUUAGACUCUCAUCUCGACACUCUUUAAGUAGUUAAAUGAAACUACUUCAACGUAUAAAGUAAAAUGUUCUCAGCUUUGUAAGAUAACCAACUUUAAUUUGAAAAGCUGUCUUGAACCAAUUCCAUUUAUUUUCUUCCUUGACUGAUGCAGAGCAGUAUCUUUAACUGUGGUUGAUGGUGCUCAGGGGAAAUGCAGUCUGCUUUCAAGAAAAUCUCUCCUGAUUCCAUCCAAAAGGGUCGCCAAACUCAACACAACAUAAAAACUCCUCACAGUGGCUUAAACAGAUUUAAACAUUUCCAGUACAUGUUAUAUGAAUCACACAGAGAAAAGGUGGUGAUGUGGUUAGAUCAAGGUGGAUUUGAAAUCCAGGGAUAUAUCGCAGGGUUUCCUCCAAGAUUUAUUUGAAACUGUGGGAGAGGGCUUUGUUACAUAAACAUAUAACACUCUUUUACUGUGUUAUUCUUUUCUCUAUUGAAUUUUUUGUAUCUCCAUUUGGAUUCCUGUGUUUGUACUCAGAUAUGACUAAAAUGAACAAGAAAAGCUUGAAUCUCCUUCGUAAUAAAGUCAAAUUUUAAGUUGAUGUGUGUUACAUUAAAGUAUUGAUCAAAGACUUCCUGAAAUCCUGCAGGUCAGACACACAGUUCUUCAAAGAACCUCAACUAUACUGUAACUGUCCCUGCUCCUAACUUUGACUGUUUUUAUGUGUUUAUGUUCAGAAAGAGCGAAAGCUGCUGCAGGUCAAACGCCUGGAUCUGGAUGCAGCCAAAACUCGACUAAAGAAAGCACGCAUGGCUGAUGCCAGAGCUGCAGUAAGUUCCUGCACACACACUCACUGUGUUUCUAUUUAUGACAGUGUUUUGGGUUAUUUUGAUACUGAGUAUUAGUAAGUAUUUUUCUCUCAAAUUAUUGCCAACUUCCUGUCAAGCUGUCAGGGCGUGUCCUUCUGUCACACCAUCAUGACUGACACAUACACAUACAUGGACACACAGUUACACAACAUUGAGCUGACCGCUUUAUCUCCUGUGACUCACACACAUAUUCACAUGACAGGCAGCUAUGGGAAGUUUACACUUCCCUUUUUCUGGAAACUUCUUUCUUGAGUCCUCUUUGCUCAAACAAAUGAACUUUUUCUUUUCUCUGCUGUUUCACAUCUCCACUCUCAGAUCGUUUGUUUUAUAAAUUUAAGAAAUAACUUGAAAAUGUAUAACCUUCAACAUUUUCGAGGACAUGAUAACUGAAGAAGUAUGAAGUCUUAAAUGAAGACAAAGAAGCUUCUAUUUCACAAAGAGCUCAGGCAGCCCAGAGUCUGACUGAGGUCUUUGUAGCUUUGCUGUAUUUAGAUUCACAGUUUUCAUCCUCGCCUGAAGCUUUGUCGUUAAAAUAUCUGUUCCCCUACAAAUUUUGUUUUGUAUUCUCAGUAGACAGAGGGAGUCUGGCCUCAGCCUUUUCACUGUUGUGUUUAAAGCAUCAACAAUGAAUAUAUUUGAAGCUCCCAUAAGUUAAUACUGAAGCAAAGGAUGAAAGUAAAGAAAAAUGUUAGCAAUAAAAUCAGUCAUUUUAACACCAGAAGGUUUGAACCAUGAUUUCAAAAAUCAAUUUUUCUCUGCAGAAGUUUGUGUUAAAGUAAAAUGAACAUUUCUGAUUUACCAGAACCAACACAUAUCCCACCUUUCCUUUUUUUUAUUGAGUGAUUUUAUUCGCAGAAAAAUGGCUGGUGGUUUAUAUAUGCAGUUGAAACCAGAAGUUUACAUACACUAUAUAAAAAGGCACAUAAUCUUUUUUUUUCUCACCGUCUAACAUUAAAUCAGAUGAAACUUUUCUUAUUUUUGGUCAAUUAGGAUAACCAAAAUUAUUUUUAUAUGCUAAAUGCCAGAAUAAUGAGGUUUUUUUUUAUUACUUUCUCGAGAGUCAAAAGCUUACAUACACUCAGUUGACUAUGCCUUUAAACAGUUUAGGAAAGCUCAGAUGAUGAUAUCAUGUCUUUGGAAACCUCUGAUAGGUUUAUUGACAAUAUUUGAGUUAAUUAGGGGCACAUAGUGUAUGUAAACCUCUGGUUUCAACUGUAUAUUUAACAAAAUGAAGAAAAAACAGGUAUAUAUUAAUUUUCUAACAACAAAAUAUCAAUGUUUUAAACUCAGGAUGAGUUGAAAAAGUCAGUAUUUGGUGGAGAAAUUGAUCGGUAAUUACAGCUUCCAUUCUCUCCAUCAGUCUGUCUCAUUGCUGCUGACUGACAUUAUGCUACUGGACAAACAAUAAAUCAAGCAGCGCGGCAUCAGAUGAUCACUAAAACCAAAACCUGAGAUCAAAUGAGAUUUAUUAGUGUGGAAAUCCAUCAUCCUUUAUAUGCCUGUAAAGAUACUGAUGAACCAUCUGCACAGUCUCUUCUUUUAUUCAGGGUUAAUGCUGCUGCUGCUGCUGCUGUGUCAGUGACAGACUUUGAGGUUUUUCUGUGAUUCAGUGUUUAUUGACAGUCUGACAGUGACUUUAAUCUGUACAGACUAUCAUGAAUAGAGGAGUGUUUGCUAAAUACAUGAGGGGAAAACUGGUAAUUUGAGCUGGUUAACAACAGCUCUCUUAAAGCUCCUGUCUGAAGGAUGGCACUCCGCUUACAGACAGACCUUAUUGAGUCUGAGAGAGGAGAAAUAAUAAUAUACCAUCAUGUUUCAGUCCCAUCAGAGAUGCAGUUAACUGUUGUUUACAUCAAAAUUGUUAAGACUGUUUAUGUUAAAAAAACUAAAAAAAACAAAGUCUGUUUCCCAGAGACGAAACGGGGUCCUGAAAAAACCUCAGGACUCUAAAGUACUAAAAUGACAAGCAUAUGCUCUUAAUCUCCAAGCUGGACUCAACAUCACUGAAAUGAUUCUUCAAUUUUAACCUAUAGUUUAAUAUAUGUUCUCAAUAAUAGUAACUCAUCACUGCCUCAUCCCAUCAUCCAUCCAUUUCUGAAACAGCCCUGUGUUGCCUUUCUCACUCAGACACACACACACACACGCACUCACACUCACACACAUACACAGUUUGUCAGUGUAAGUAUGUGCUGUGCAGUGGUCGUGCUGCAGCAGCUGUGGCUCUAACUUCUGUGUCACUGUUUUUAAAACACAAAGCAGCAGAUGUGAGCGGAGGAAGUGACAGAGGUGAGUGGAAUGUUGGAGCGACCAUCUUUGAAUCUACACACACACACACACACACACACACACACACAAGCACACGCAUCCUUGGUUAUGUUGUGUCAGCAGCUGCUGUGGUGCCUCAUGGAAAACUUUGAAAUCUUAAAGACCAAUCCCACCAGAUAAUCUGUGCCCCCCCCCCCCCCUUCUCUCUCUGGGCUAUAUAAGGACAGAUUUAGUCUUUGUCUCUGUGUCCCCUGUCCGUCCCGGCCCCUUAGUCUGUUUAUUAAACAAACUGAAUCCGUCUGAAGCGGCCAUUGUUCCAGCAGUUCCCAAAUUGAAUAGUUUGGCUGGAUGUGAGGAUACAAACAUCAUGCUCACAUGUUCAGAGUGUGUGUCCUGUCCCUGCUCUCUACUGUCCAUCAUGUUAUUUUUGGUUUCAGUUUGCUUGUAGGUCAACUUUUCAUCUGUUCGUUUUGGUUUUUAAGUCUUUUCUCUGGACAAACUGAUGGUGUGUGUUGAUUUUCAGUCCAGACGUGUUUGUCAAGUGUUUAAAGCUCUCAAAGAAAUUCAUAUUUCAGACACUGUCCUUUGAUUUGAACAGUAUUGAUUAACAUGGGACCUAACCUCAGGGUAAGCUCUGGGUUUUGAUCCUGUAAGAUGUGUGCUUCUUCUUGGAUAGAUCACCAUGGUAACUUGUUAUAUGAAGCAAGUUAAACACAACUGGGAUAUCUUUAUGUUUUCUGGCUUUACUGAUGCUGACAGUAGAGGUCACGUGAAGUGGUCUCACAGAGAUGAACUGUCUGCUGUUGGUGGAUCAUACUUUACAAACACACCCAGCAAACUAUGACAGGCUGUUCAUAAAUAUUCAGUAAAACAUAAAGUUUAGACUAAAACCAACACAGCUGUGUUUGUAAAAUGACACAAGAGCUGGCAGAUGACGAAAAAGGCAGAGAGUGAAAAUGCAAAUAAAGACUCAUUAUAUCACUUCUCUGCUAUUUAUGGAGGCAUUAGAUCUCACUAUAAUAAGUGUUUUUUUUAUCUACACUGAUUUCUUUUGCUUUGAUUUGUUCCUUUGGCGUAUAAUAAUUCAGCUGCAAACUCGACAGUAUCAGACAGAGCAGUAAAGAAGAUGAAAACAUGAUUGGAGGAAGAUGCUGACAUAAUAUAAGAUCUUGAUAACAACUGACAGGCUCUGAUGUCGGCCCACUCCUGCCUCUGUUCAAGGUUGAUGUCAGGACAGCUCAGCCAAUUAAAUUUAUGCAAAAUCAAACCGAACAGUAAAGUUUCCAGUCAGUCUCUUUCCUCACCUCUCUGGAUGAGAUCACAAAGCUCUUUGAUCUUCACUCUGAUUGGCCAGAGUCACAAACUGAUGUGUUAUCCUGAACAUCACCAGAUUUAGAGCAGGUGAGGUUAUGAAGGUGGUCUGCGUAAGAGAGAAGUAAACCUCUCCCUAGCUCUAUAGAUCGUGUUCAGAACAAGUGAAACAGCCACUGACCAAUCAGAGCUCUGUCAGCUUAGAAAGAGAGCAAUAAACUGUUUGUCUUUCUAAAUGACAUUUGAAUAUUUGAGUGAAAGAUUUGAUCAUCAAUGGGGUUUAAACAGGUCAUACAUGCCAGGAGAAAUGAGUGAAAUAGAAAAAAAGAGUCAUUAGAGUUGUAUCUGUUGUGCAGUAGUAAUGAUCAGGUGAUAAAAGGCUUUUUUUUCUCUGCCAGUUCUGCUGGUUCUGCAGCAGGUGUGUGUAUUUUAAUCUUGAGUGUGUUUAACUACAUAUUUUUGUUAUGUUGAAGUUUGCCGAUCAGCUGACAGCAGGCUAUGUCUGCGAAUGGUCGUAUGCUGCUAACUCUGUCUUUUUAAUAUAAAUGUGCUCAUAGAGACUCCGGGUUGACUAAUUAUGUUAGUAACAAGCUUUAUUUGACCCCACUGGCAUUUCUACCGUCAUGGUUAGUAAAGACUGAGAACUAAAAGAUGACCCGCAUAUGUUAAACUCACAGGCCUAAGUGAGCUUUAAAGAGGACAAUGUCAACAAACCAGCCUUACACAUGUUCACUAUGUCAUUCAUAAACCGUCAUGUCUCUGACCAUUUUACCUGUGUUAUGAUAAUGAUUUUCUAUAAUGACAUUAUUACAGGCGGAGCAGGAGCUAAGGAUGACCCAGAGUGAGUUUGACCGUCAGGCAGAGAUCACCAGACUGCUGCUGGAGGGCGUCAGCAGCACACACGUAUGUUACCCAGCACUCACUUCAUUUCUAUUCUAUUAAACCUUUAUUUAACCUGGUUAGUCCCAUCCAGAUGUAAAAUUUUGUUUGAAGGGAGACGGUGGCAAAAACACAAACAUGCAGACUCAGACACUAGGGGAACCACAGUACAGUCCAAAAGCAUGAAAGUCAACAUUCAGAAGAGAAACUUCCCCAAAGGCAGCCGUGUGGAAGUGUGUUAUAAUAAUAAUAAUAAUAAUAAUAAUAAUAAUGCAUCAGAUUUCAUAUAGCGCUUUAUCAGAGACCCUCAAAGCGCUUUACAUUGGAUACAUCAUUCAUUCGCUCACACAGUCACACUUUGGUGGUGGUGGAAACGUGGCUAUGUGUUUACCCUGUCCAGGUAGAAGUUAUUAAAUGACUUUAAUAGUUGGAUGUGCACAGAAGCCAGUGUAAAAUGGUCAAGCUUGCAGACCGGCUGAUGAAGAUUUUAAUUGUAAUUUAAUUUCUACCUCACUGUGGUUGGAAAAAGGUGUUUGUUUUGUAAGAGCACUCAAAUAAUCCAUCCAUCAAUCAAUCAAUUAAUCAAUCUUUAUUUAUAUAGCACUUUUGAUACAAGUCAGAUGCCUUUCAAGGUGCCUUACAGUGAUUAAAAACAAAACAGUCAAGAAUGGGGAUUAAAAAAAAAAUGACAUGAUGGAAAAUUAAGUGGAAAAAAAGAAAACACCCCAAUAGAAGUAUAAUAUGUGUAAUUAAAACAUUAAAAGAGAUUUAAAAAACUGCAGAAACCUUAUUUGUGAUGUCUGUUACUUUUUUUUUGGUCAUGAGAGGCUGUGUCUCUCAUGUGCGGAGCUUCCGCAAACAAUGCAUGACGCAUCACGCUGUUACGAUUCAUCGGCCAAUCAGUUAGCUUUGUUCCUGAAUUUUUUUUAAGCGGCACCAGAUAGGAUUGAGUUUGAAGGCUACGUGUGGAUGCAGAUAUUUUUGAGAACUAACACGUGCGGACGGAUACAUUUAUUUAGACGGGAGAACAAAAAUAUACUGAUAAAUAAAUAUCCAUAUACAUGUAGUUUUGGUCUUAGUCAGCACUCUUGCUGCAGCAUUUUAAUUAGCUGCAGUUGGUUUAUGGUAUUCUUUGGUAGACCAGUAAGUAGUACCCAUCACUACAUUGUUCCUAGGAUACAGGCAUGCAGGUUUUGUUGGGGAAAAAAAAAAAGUUUUAACACUGUCAUGUCAACAGUGGAUUGAAGCCAAAUCUGAAUACAAUUUUUACUGAAGUCUAAAGUCUUUUGAGAUUUCAGCACCCACAUGCCUCUGCCCCUCCUGACUGUUAGAUCACUUGACCAUCAGGUGACAUCACUCUCUCACUGUCGAUGAAAAGUGUGUGGCUUUUUUUUUUUUUUUACCAAGUAAUGAAUGUAGUGUCAAAUUCAGACAGGCACAUUGAUUCCCAAAGAAAAUGCUGAAGUACAGUCAAAAUAAAAUCCCUGACUUUUAAACUGCACAAAAAGGUACAAGUGCUCAGUUACAGAAACACGAAGAAAUGUAAUCCAUAACUUUCUCACCCUGUAUGCUACUCAACACAUAUACAGACUCAAACCUGUUUAUCUUCUCCACAGUAGUCAUUCAUUUCUUUCAAAUAACUUUUACUCAGUCUUGCAGAUGAAGAUACCAAAUUAAAGAACAAUUCAGAAGAAAAAGACAUCUCCCACAAUAUCAAAGCAUACAUUUCCCAUAAAGCAACCUCUGGCAUUUCCCUCUUGCUGGUUAAAACUGUAAACUCUGUAUUAUGAUUUGAAUCCUAUUUUUUCUUCACUAUGAUAACAUCUCUCAAAGUGUUUAUAAAAGUUUAUUAAUCCCUUAAUUUUUGGCUUCUCACCCUAAAACUUUCUUCAAUAAAAAAAAAAACACCUCUGACAUCUAAUGAAACAGUUUCAUACAAAAACCACAGCCAUGCUUUUUCCUGAUUUUUCUGCCAAAUAAACGCAUCGAGACAAAUCAGUACCAGCUGUUGACGUGUGAGGAAAUAGCUGAAAUUCCUCUGAAUCCUUCUCUCCUGUCUCUCUCUCUCUGUUCAUCCCCAGGCUCACCACCUUCGCUGUCUGAAUGACUUUGUGGAGGCUCAGACGACGUACUACGCCCAGUGUUACCAGUACAUGGUGGACCUGCAGAAACAGCUUGGCAGGUAGAAUAUCACUUUCACCUGUUCCUCCACCUUCUGAUCAGCUCCAUGUAGGCAGGAGUUCACAAACAAAGAAAAACGACUCAUCCAGAGACUCGUUCAUGGUAGUCUACCAGCCAGGAUCUGUUGAGGGGUUCAUUCAAAUGCUUGUUCUGACACCUGUUGUCCUGUCAUCACUUCUUUUUCUGUCUAAAGUGUCAAAACCAAAGUGUGAAAAUUGGUGUGAAAUGUUUUUUGCUUUUCAGUUGAACAGAAAGUGACUGUAAAGGUGACAGUGAGGUGAGGUUCAGCUGAUUCUACUCCAGCUCCUCCUCUGCUAACUCUCUCUUCCUCUUCCUCCUUCAGUUUCCCCUCCUCCUUCUCCAACAACAACCAGUCUUCAGUGUCGGGUGGAGCCAGUAUCUCUGUCCCCACCAUCCCGGUGUCCGCCUCUCUGCCCAGCGUCUCUGGGGGUCGAGGCAGCUCCUCAGGAACAUCCGGAGGAUUCACCGAGCUGAGGACCUCUAAUGCCAGCCGCAAAGCACGAGUCCUGUACGACUAUGAUGCUGCCAGCAGCAGUGAGCUCUCCCUGCUGGCUGAUGAGGUGAUGAAUCUGUUUUCGCUGUUACCCCUACUCUCUUGUGGCUCAUGGAGCUACGCUGUUACGUUGUGUUACAUUACGUUACCUGCGCUACUCGCUAUAUAGACGGUGUAUAAGCUUGAACGUCAUCUUUCACAUCAAUGGAAGAGGGUACGACAGGAUUUGACUCAAAACAAGUCGAAAAUAACGUCAUGUGUUGUUGUGCUCACACAGUGCAAGUAGGAAUCAUUAGUGGUGCACUGAUAUUAUUGAUCAUGUGAAAUUUUAGUAGCGGUGCAUGUAACUCAGCAGCGGUGGUGCGCCGCCCGCUACUGAAUGAAUGUAGGGGAAACACUGCAAAUAUAGCUUGAUUCUAAGUCUGUGUGUGUGUGUGUGUGUGUGUGUGUCCUUAGGUGAUCACAGUGAGCUGUGUCCCCGGCAUGGACUCAGACUGGCUGAUGGGAGAGAGAGGAACCCAGAAAGGAAAAGUGCCCAUCACUUACCUGGAGCUGCUCAACUGAGACGCUGUCCCACCUCCUCCACCACCUCUCACCUAACCCCCUCUCUCUCCCUCCCUCAUUCACCACCCCUCCCCCUCUGUUCCCCGCUGUAUUCUCAUAUUUAUACAUUGUUGCAGGGACAGGCCUCAGUCUCAGACGCAGUUUGACCGACUGUGAGCUGGACUGAGUAAACAGGACAGGGCCCCCCUCCUUUUCUUCCUCCGCAGCACGUUUCUUAAACCUGCUUCAUGCCGUUUGUGUUUGAUGCCAUGUAACCUGCCGUAUGUGCCACAUCAUCUCCCAAACUGUAACUUUUAUAAAACAUGUAUGUUUACAACAUUUCAGCUCCACAUGUUUUCAGAGCACAGCGGCUCCUCGGCCUGAAGUCAGACUGAUGCUGAUGAUUUUAUUUUAUAACUGAUGAUUUUAUUGUGCAACAGCUGUUUUCUUCAAUUUGACUCUUUUUUUUCUCCACAGUAUCAUUUGUAUUGUCUCAGCUUUACUCCAGCUUAUUGGACAUUGUUUGAAUAUGUUUUAUUAUUGAGUGAUUGGAGUCUGACAUCUUUAAGUGCCUUUGAAACUUAAACCAGCAGUAUUGAGACUCCGAUUAGUCUCUCCUUUUAAUAUUCAGCCCCAACGAUUUUAUGUAAAAUACAUGAAAUAAUUUUACUCCAUCAACCAGAAGACUUAUGGCACUGGUUUUAUUAUUAAUUUGUAUAUUUUUUUAGUAAGUACAUCAGCUGUGAUAUAAACUGUCUCUGGUUUUAAAUAAGGAAAAAAGCCUUAAAGUAAAAAUGUUUACUUUUUUUAAGUCAUCUCUAACGCAUCUCAUCAGUUAACCCCUAAACCUGCAUUUCAAAUCAACAAAGAAAAAAAAAACAGAAAAAAAAGUUUUGUUACAUUCUGGGAGAUACAUUUUAUUACUUCAUGGCUGCUUUUUGUUUUGUGUGUAACUGAAAGCAAACAAAUGUAAAAUAAAUAUACAGUAUGAUGCAUUGAA